AUGGCGGACCGCGCGGAGAUGUUCUCGCUCUCCACCUUCCACUCGCUGUCGCCGCCGGGCUGCAGGCCGCCCCAGGACAUAAGCCUGGAGGAAUUUGACGAUGAAGAUCUGUCCGAGAUCACCGACGACUGCGGCCUGGGCCUCAGCUACGACUCCGACCACUGUGAGAAGGACAGCCUCUCCCUGGGCCGCGCGCAGCAGCCGCACCCCAUCUGCUCCUUCCAGGACGACUUCCAGGAGUUUGAGAUGAUCGACGACAACGAGGACGAGGACGAGGACGACGAGGGGGAGGACGGGGAGGGGGGGGACGGGGAGGGCGGGGAGGGCCCCGGCUCGGCGGCCCCGGCCUCGAGGCCCCUGAUCCCCUCCCCCUCGCCGGAGGAGCCCCUCAAGCACCGGCCCACCACGCUGCAGCUGACCACCCUGGGCGCCCAGGAUUCCCUCAACAACAACGGAGGCUUCGCCCCCGCGCGCCCAGCCCCCUGGCGGGAGACCCUGCUGUGCUCCCCACCCCCAGAGGCGCUCCCAGAGCCGGCGCUGCUCCGGUCGCCCGGCCCGAGCCCCGGCGGGGAGCCGGCGCCUGUGCACCCCGGCUGCGACUGCGAGGGGAACCGGCCUCCGGGGCCCGCGGCGGCGGAGGGGGCCUCACCUUCCUCGGAUCCUGGCAUCGAGGCUGACCUGGGGAGCCGGUCCAGCGGGGGCCGCGGGGGCCGGCGCAGCAGCCAGGAGCUGUCCUCGCCCGGCUCGGACUCGGAGGGCGCGGGGGGCGCGCGCCUGGGGCGCAUGAUCUCCUCCAUCUCCGAGACGGAGCUGGAGCUGAGCAGUGACGGCGGCAGCAGCAGCAGCGGCCGCUCCUCGCACCUCACCAACUCCAUCGAGGAGGCGUCCUCGCCCGCCUCGGAGCCCGAGCCCGAGCCCGAGGCGCCCGGCGCGCCCCCGCGCCGCCCGGCCUUCCUGCCCGUGGGCCCCGACGACACCAACAGCGAGUACGAGUCGGGCUCCGAGUCGGAGCCGGACCUCAGCGAGGACGCCGACUCGCCCUGGCUGCUCAGCAACCUCGUCAGCCGCAUGAUCUCCGAGGGCUCCUCGCCCAUCCGCUGCCCCGGCCAGUGCCUGUCCCCCGCGCCGCGGCCCGCGGGGGAGCCCGAGGCGCCGGCCGGCCGCGCCCCCGAGGCCGCCGAGGCGCUGGCGGGACCCGGCGGGGUGGAGCUGGUGGACAUGGAGACGCUGUGCGCGUCGCCGCCCCCCGCGCCCUGCGCCCCGCGGCCGGGCCCCGCGCAGCCCGGGCCCUGCCUCUUCCUCAGCAACCCCACGCGGGACACCAUCACGCCGCUGUGGGCCGCCGCGGGCCGCGGGCCGCGCCCCGGCCGCGCCUGCUCCGCCGCCUGCUCGGAGGAGGACGAGGACGCCGAGGACGCCGAGGACGCCGAGGACGGGCCCCGCGGGGCCGCGCCCGCGCCCCUGGACGCCUCGCUGGUGUACGACGCCGUCAAGUACACGCUGGUGGUGGACGAGCACACGCAGCUGGAGCUCGUGAGCCUGCGGCGCUGCGGCCUGGGCGCCGACAGCGAGGACAGCGGGGGCGAGGCCAGCGAGGAGGAGCCGGGGGCCGCGCUGCUGGGCGGAGGCCCGGGCCCCGAGGACAGCUCCCCCGACAGCCCCGACCUCACCUUCUCCAAGAAGUUCCUCAACGUCUUCGUGAACAGCACCUCCCGCUCCUCCAGCACUGAGUCCUUCGGCCUUUUUUCCUGCCUGGUCAAUGGGGAGGAGCGAGAACAAACCCACCGGGCGGUGUUCAGGUUCAUCCCCCGCCACCCGGACGAGCUGGAGCUGGACGUGGACGACCCAGUGCUGGUGGAGGCCGAGGAGGACGACUUCUGGUUCCGGGGCUUCAACAUGCGCACGGGAGAGCGCGGCGUCUUCCCUGCCUUCUAUGCCCACGCGGUGCCCGGCCCGGCCAAGGACCUGCUGGGGAGCAAGCGCGGCCCCUGCUGGGUGGAGCGGUUCGACGUGCAGUUCCUGGGCUCGGUGGAGGUGCCCUGUCACCAGGGCAACGGCAUCCUGUGCGCGGCCAUGCAGAAGAUCGCCACUGCCCGGAAGCUGACCGUCCACCUGCGUCCUCCUGCCUCCUGUGAUCUUGAGAUUUCUCUUCGGGGGGUCAAGCUGAGCCUGAGUGGAGGGCCCGAGUUCCAGCACUGCAGCCACUUCUUCCAGAUGAAGAACAUCUCCUUCUGCGGCUGCCACCCCCGCAACAGCUGCUAUUUCGGCUUCAUCACCAAACACCCGCUGCUGAGCCGCUUCGCCUGCCACGUCUUCGUGUCCCAAGAGUCCAUGAGGCCAGUGGCCCAGAGCGUGGGCCGCGCCUUCCUCGAGUACUACCAGGAGCACCUGGCCUACGCCUGCCCCACAGAGGACAUCUACCUGGAGUAGCCGCC